AUGCUCUCAACCGCUCAAGUCUAUGUUUAUGAUAUCAACGGACAGCAAAGAAGAUGUAGAGUCCUUCUAGAUCCCGGAUCACAAUCGAAUUUGAUUACGGCGGGUCUGGUACAGCAAUUGAAGCUACCAACGACCAAAGAAAAUGUGCCUAUAAGCAGCAUAAAUCAAGUGAAAACUAGAGUGCAUCUGUCUACGCAGAUUAGGUUGCAAUCGAUGUACAAUGACUUCAGUGUAAUGAUGUCUUGCUUGAUAUUACCAAGAAUCACCGAAAGGCUUCCACAAGUGAGAAUCCAAGCGAAACUGAAUAUAUCUGAAGACAUACAAUUGGCAGAUCCAACAUACGGGAUUCCAGGUGAAAUAGAACUAUUGAUUGGAGCGGGUCUGUUUUGGUCGCUUCUGUGCAUGGAUCAAUUCAAGCAAGAAAGGGGGCAACCAACAUUAUGCAGAACUCACCUCGGCUGGAUUAUAGGCGGCGAGAUGGUGAGUCCGACAGAGCAAUCGGAAAGAAGAGCUUGUCAUCUGAUAACCAACACCCAGUUACACGAUCAAUUGGAAAAAUUCUGGAGACAAAGAGAUGUAUCGGAAACGCGAAUUUACUUGAAACAAGAGCAGAUAUGUGAGGAUUUCUACCGCGAUACGGUUAGGCGUGAGGCGGACUGA